AUGUACCGUGUAUACAACAAAAACCGUAACAUCAGUGACCAACACUCCAUAGGACAGGACAUUCACCACGAUGAAACCAGUGUAACCAGAAGAUCAUGCUGCACUGGGGCACCACUGAUCACAGACAUAAUCAUGGGGGGCCAGGGGCCACAGACAACAACCACCAUCAUCAUCUCCAGCAUUCACCACGAUGAAACCAGUAUACUCAUCCUAUGUCACCCUGGUCUCUCCAUAUUAAUCCUAUGUCACCCUGGUCUCUCCAUAUUAAUCCUAUGUCACCCUGGUCUCUCCAUAUUAAUCCUAUGUCACCCUGGUCUCUCCAUAGUCCUUAUAUGUCACCCUGGUCUCUCCAUAUUAAUCCUAUGUCACCCUGGUCUCUCCAUAGUCCUCCUGUAUCACCCUGGUCUCUCCAUAGUCCUCCUGUAUCACCCUGGUCUCUCCAUAGUCCUCCUAUGUCACCCUGGUCUCUCCAUAUUAAUCCUAUGUCACCCUGGUCUCUCCAUAGUCCUCCUGUAUCACCCUGGUCUCUCCAUAGUCCUCCUGUAUCACCCUGGUCUCUCCAUAGUCCUCCUAUGUCACCCUGGUCUCUCCAUAUUAAUCCUAUGCCACCCUGGUCUCUCCAUAGUCCUAUGUCACCCUGGUCUCUCCAUAGUCCUCCUAUGCCACCCUGAUCUCUCCAUAGUCCUUCUAUGCCACCCUGGUCUCUCCAUAGUCCUCCUAUGUCACCCUGGUCUCUCCAUAUUAAUCCUAUGCCACCCUGGUCUCUCCAUAGUCCUAUGUCACCCUGGUCUCUCCAUAGUCCUCCUAUGCCACCCUGAUCUCUCCAUAGUCCUUCUAUGCCACCCUGGUCUCUCCAUACUCAUCCUAUGUCACCCUGGUCUCUCCAUAGUCCUAUGUCACCCUGGUCUCUCCAUAGUCCUAUGUCACCCUGGUCUCUCCAUAGUCCUAUGUCACCCUGGUCUCUCCAUAGUCCUAUGUCACCCUGAUCUCUCCAUAGUCCUUCUAUGUCACCCUGGUCUCUCCAUAGUCCUUCUAUGUCACCCUGGUCUCUCCAUACUCAUCCUAUGUCACCCUGGUCUCUCCAUAGUCCUAUGUCACCCUGGUCUCUCCAUAGUCCUAUGUCACCCUGGUCUCUCCAUACUCAUCCUAUGUCACCCUGGUCUCUCCAUAGUCCUAUGUCACCCUGGUCUCUCCAUACUCAUCCUAUGUCACCCUGGUCUCUCCAUAGUCCUAUGUCACCCUGAUCUCUCCAUAGUCCUUCUAUGUCACCCUGGUCUCUCCAUAGUCCUUCUAUGUCACCCUGGUCUCUCCAUAGUCCUAUGCCACCCUGGUCUCUCCAUAGUCCUAUGUCACCCUGGUUUCUCCAUAGUCCUAUGUCACCCUGGUCUCUCCAUAGUCCUAUGUCACCCUGGUCUCUCCAUAGUCCUAUGUCACCCUGAUCUCUCCAUAGUCCUUCUAUGUCACCCUGGUCUCUCCAUAGUCCUUAUAUGUCACCCUGAUCUCUCCAUACUCAUCCUAUGCCACCCUGGUCUCUCCAUAGUCCUAUGUCACCCUGGUCUCUCCAUAGUCCUAUGUCACCCUGGUCUCUCCAUACUCAUCCUAUGUCCCCCUGGUCUCUCCAUAGUCCAUCUAUGCCACCCUGAUCUCUCCAUACUCUUCAUCUAUUACCAUGGCCUUUUUACACUCCUCCAACUGACAAGUCAUUGUGUAACACAUACUAUAUAAAACACUUCAUUUGGACAAUGCAAUGCCC